UCUCUCGCGCGCGUACACACACACACACACGCAUAAACGAAUCCAUUUCCCCUUCUUUUCGAGCUUCUACCGUGUUGAAUUCUCUUCGUUCCCCGUGUUUGCUUUCAAAGGAGCCACCUUUUUAUAUCCAUUCGUUAUCCCCUUCGCUUUGGGCUCUGCUUUUGGACUCGUGGGGCAUCUGGGUUUUGAUUCUUUUUGUCUCUUUUUUUUUUUUAGCCUUUUGUUGACCGUUGGUGGGUCGUUGGGUUCAAAGGUGGGGUUUUUACUUUCAAAUUUGGGCACUUGGGUUCUGGGUACUCUCGUUGUUUGAUGCGCCUGGGGGUGUUGCUAUGUCGUUCGCCAUGGGAGCUCUUUCGCGGUCUAAGGACGUGGGUUUGAAGGAGAAGAGAGAGGGGGAGGAGCGUGAGAGAGAAGAGAAUGGGAAACAUAGUAGCGGUGAGAGUCUCAAUAGGCAAAUAAGCGAGGCAUCUCUCUCUGGGAGUACUGAGGAUGAUGAUGAUGAUGAUGAUGAUGAUGAUAAGGAAGGAGAGGAAGCUGGGAAGGGCGGGAAAGGGAUUGAUUUGGGUCCUCAAGUUAGUCUCAAAGAACAGAUUGAGAAAGAUAAGGAUGAUGAGAGUCUGAGGAGGUGGAAGGAGCAGCUUUUGGGAAGUGUAGAUUUGAGCUCUGUGGGAGAAACAUCGGAACCAGAAGUUAAGAUUUUGAGCCUCUCAAUCCAAUCUCCUGGUAGGCCGGAUAUUGUCCUGCCACUCCCUGUGGAACCGAAUUCGAAGGGUGUGUGGUUUACUCUAAAAGAAGGUAGCCACUACAAGCUCAAGUUCGCCUUCUCCGUUCGCAAUAACAUUGUUUCUGGUCUCAGAUAUGCAAACACAGUUUGGAAAACUGGUCUCAAAGUUGAUAGCACCAAAGAAAUGCUGGGGACAUUUAGCCCGCAGCUCGAGCCUUAUACAUUCAAGACACCGGAAGAGACCACUCCAUCUGGCUAUUUUGCAAGAGGAUCAUAUUCCGCAAGAACUAAGUUCAUUGACGACGACCGCAGGUGUUACUUGGAGAUCAAUUACACAUUUGACAUACGCAGAGAAUGGCCAUCAACAACAAGCUAAGUGAACUCUUUCACCCUCAUAAGCUAUCGGUUUCAGUAAUUCGCAGUCGCCGACAGAGGGAAAGAAAAGGCUAAGCGUCUGUAAUGGUAAUACAGGCCUGAUAAGAAAGCUUCGCACUUUUGCUGUCAUUUUAUCCUCGGAUUUUCUUUUGCUUGUUUGUAAUUCUUGGUAUCCAGUUUGUUUCGUUUGUAUAUUUUGUUCGUUCGUUGCUAGGUAUGGUAAACAUCUGUAUGGGGAUUGGUUAGUCGCGAACUCGAAUUAGACGGAGUCAGAUGAAUUUAUGUAUUAUUCAAGUACUUGUUGGCAAGUAAAUAACAGUGUCUCUCCUUGCGCGUCAA